CGAGACUUUGGAUGCAAACAGCUGGAAUAUCUGGGACAGACAUCUUUCGCGUAGGACAGUUGAAACUGAAAUGAACUCACCGAAAAAUAUUAGUCCAUUGUCCGACAGUGCGGAUAGGAUUGUAGUUCUUCUCUUCUCCCAACGAGGAUAUCCAUGUCAGUCGAUAAUGAGCAUUCACGAUUCCAAUUGGACUCGGCCGUGUCGACCAUUUACUCUGCACAAUUGUCUCUUGUGUCUGCUAAUAGUGUCCGUUUUAGUGUCGAUUCAGCCGGGCAGCCGUGGCGUUUUGGCCAGUGAAAACGAAGAUCCCCUGACCAAAGACAAAUGGUCCAAAGCGAUAAACUGGACGGAUACAAAAGUUCGGCCCAAAUCGAAUGCCAUGACGUGCCUCUCGUCCGUCGACGACCGGCGUGAAAACAACUGCAUCGAAGUGAUCCAGGCCAGUUUCAGUCAGAUCUACGACAAAACAUUGAACCACUCGCUGGAAUACCGACUCAUCUAUUCCUACUCUGACCUCAAGACGAAUUUCGCCGUCAGCGUUGAAAGUAGCGACGCUGGUGUCGAACAUCCGAUCCUUUUUGUGGUGCGACAACAAAAGGCCAUUACUUCUUGGGAAUUGCCUUAUGUCAUCGAGUCGUCGCCCGGCUACCAAUUAGGUUACAACAGCUUCCGGAGGACGUUGUGCCCUGAAUCGACGACAUGGAUGGGAUCCAUCAACCAAAUCGUUGUCGAUAUUUCCACGUCGAGCCGAUCGAACGUGACGUUCAGUCUGAAAAUGUCGGUCGACGCUCAGCUGCACGUGCGGUUGGAAGAGGAGCGUCGCAUGUGGGUCACUCCGUCGCAGAACCGCAUCUUUAAAUUCACGUUCCCGACGUCGGCGUCGCAGGUGGCCGUCUCCUCCAAAUCUCCCGACGAUAUUUGCCUGACGGUAUCGGUUCAAAGUCCUCAAUGUCCCGUGUUCGACACGAUUUACAAUGUGGAAUACGAAGGGUACCGUCAAACGAUGACCGGCCAAUCAACAAUCAUCGUGCAGAAAAAUCAAUACCCCGAAGGCUUUUAUCUCGUGUACAUAGUCAAUACAAAUGAUGACAAGUGCGUCAACAGCCGGAUGCCAGCGCCGUUCCGGGCAAACCGGACGAAAGAAGUAACUUUCACUAUCCAGGAGACGGUGUCGGUGCAAGAGUUCCAUCAAGUGAUAUUUAUGGGGACGCUGGGCGUCUACGCGGGAUUCAUCACCUUGGUUAUAGCCACUUGUCUUUUAGUCGAGUGGAGGAGGAAACGGUCCAAACAGGCGCGCCGGGAGUGGGAGGUCACGGUAAAAACGUAUAAAUCCGAAUUGCAACCCAUUUCUGAGGAACAAGAGUCUCAAAUCAGCAGUGCAACCAUCAAGACGGAAGAUUCAACCUGUCACGUAGGAGCGACAUCAGCAGAGGACGCCGACGUCGUCUUUAGCGACACUCGCCCCACAAGGCAACAGAAUAAACUCAGCAGUAAGCGAUGGAGACGAGUGUCGGAGAUGACCAAACACCAACCGGAUUUCUACAAUAAAAAGUCCAAGCGCUACGUGUCCGAGCUGUGCAUUAUCGCCGUUUUCUACCUCAUCCCCGUCGGCCAGCUCGUCUGGAACUACAAAGACAUGAUGGUGACGACGGGAGACCAAGACAUGUGCUACUACAAUUUCGCCUGCGCCUAUCCCUACCAUCUGCUGAUUGACUUUAGCGACUUUAAUCACUUCUUCUCCAACAUUGGCUACGUCGUUCUGGGCACCAUCUUCUUGCUCAUCACCAAGCGGCGGGACUACAUCGACACGAUGCGUCAAAACGCCACCGGUGCUGAGCAGCAGCAGCAGGAGCAGGAGCGAGGCAUUCCGCCGCAUUACGGCCUCUCCUAUUCCAUGGGCUUCGGUUUGAUCGUCGAGGGGAUUCUCAGCGCCUGCUACCACUUGUGCCCGACGAGGCUCAAUUAUCAAUUCGAUACGUCGUUCAUGUACGUGCUGGCCGUUUUGUGCACGCUGAAAUUGUAUCACGCCCGUCACGCCGACAUAAAUGUCAAAUCUCACAUGGCCUACAUCGUCCUGGCCCUGCUGGUGUUCCUUGGGGCCGGCACGGCCUUCACCAGCCAAUUCUACUUCAAAUUGGGUUUCACUGUGGUCCAUUUGAUCGCCUGCGUCGCCCUGGCCAUCGACGUCUACUACAUGGGUCACUGGAAGUUGGACAAAGAAACAAUGGUGGAGCAUGUCAACACCUGCUGGAAAUCACGACCGCUGUAUCUGGAGCGCUUGACCUUGGUGGUUGUCGGUAAGUCUCGCGCAACAACAACAAUCGGCGACAAAGUGAAGGGCAGCGAUUGUUGUUGCGCUCCGGUUGUUGCUGUCGACUUGAAACUAAAUCAUUUCAGGAUUUAUUAUAUUAACUCCUUUGAUAUAGGAAUCGUCUGCAACGUGGCGUUCGCCGUGCAGCAGCUGGUGAUGGACAGCGUUGAUUUCAACACGCACCUGCUGGCCGUCUUCAUGAUCAACCUCUUUGUCUAUUCCGUCUUCUACGUCACCAUGAAGAUGCGCAAGCGGGAGUGGGCCUUCGUCACGAACCGCAUCUACCCUUUCUUGUUCCUACUGGCGGCCCUGGCGUUUUGGCUGACCGGUUCUUAUUUCUUUUUGAAAAAAGCGGCCAAGUGGGAGAAAAGUCCAGCCGAGUCAAGAAUGCUGAAUCAGGAAUGCCUGGUGGCUAGUGUCUAUGACACGCACGACUUGUGGCAUUUUCUGUCUUCGACUGGUCUCUUUUUCUUCUUCAUGUUCCUGUUGACGCUGGAUGACGACAUUGAAUCGAAAUCACGCCAAGACAUCCCGGUCUUUUGAGAAUUCAUCCAUCCCGUAAAGUAAGCGACGAAUGUGUUCAAAACUAGCGCAAUCAUCAUUAAUUAUGUAAACUAAUUUUCGCGUCAAAAGUCAAAUAAACCCAGAAAUGUUUUGUUUGUGGAAAA